AUGGCACCUACACGUUCUAGCCUGAGCAAAGAUGAUGCGGAGUCGAAAGUUGUCUUGGAGAAUCUGGAACAUGUGUCCCAGGAGGAGCAGCUGCUUUCGCUGUUUCCAGUGCUCCAAGAUAAGACUCCGGAGGAGCUGGAGAGAUUGAACAAGGCUGUGGUAAAGAAGUUGGAUUGGUGCUUUCUGCCUUGUGUGACUAUGAUGCUUCUGAUGAGCUACCUUGAUCGUAUCAAUGUUUCCAACGCCCGCCUGGCAGGUAUGCAAGACGACCUACACAUGACCGAUACCGUCUGGUCUGCCGGCAUCUCGCUCUUCUACGUUGGCUAUAUCAUCUCCCAAGUUCCUGCCAACGUGCUCAUCGCCAAAGGCAAACCAAGCAUCAUCUUCCCAUCCAUUAUGUUGGCCUGGUCGGCUGUGACGAUCUGUAUGCCGGCUCUUUCGUCCGGUUGGGGAUUCUGUCUCUGUCGAUUCCUCGUCGGUCUCGCCGAGGGUCCGUUCAUUCCUGCUGUGUCGCUACUCACCUCGUCCUGGUAUACGCGUGAAGAGUCGCCAUUACGAAUGGGGAUCUGGCACGCGGGAAACACGAUCUCCAACGCGUUCUCCGGUCUGCUUGCCGCCGGCAUUCUUACCAACAUGGAUGGUAUCGCGGGUCUUCGUGCCUGGCAAUGGUUUAUCCUGUUGGAGGGUAUCGUCAGUAUUAUCGUGGGAGUGCUGGCCUAUGGCUUCAUCCCCAAUUUCCCCGACAACACCGGCAGUCACUGGUUCAAUGAGGAGGAGGCCGCGAUGGCACAGUAUCGUCAGGUUCUCUCCGCCGGUGGCGUCCGCGAAAAUGACGAAGGUAGUCACUGGGGCGGAGUGCUUCUGGCCAUCAAGGACCCGUUUACGUGGUUCUUCUCGGCAAUUCAUUUCUCACUGAUCAUUGCGCAGUCGUUCAAGGAUUUCUUCCCUUCGAUCGUCGGAACCCUGAACUUCUCCCAGGUCGUGACGUACCUUGUGCAGGCUCCACCAUAUUUCAUUGCCUACAUUGCGACCCUAGUCAUAUCAUGGUCCUCAGGUAGAAUGCUAGACCAUUGCUGGCAUAUCGUGGCACCGGUGGUGGUCGCUCUCGUCGGCGCCGUGCUCAUGAUCGCAACGUUGAACCCUGGCGCGCGAUACUUUGGGCUGGUAUUGCUAUGCACGGGGCCUUAUGUUGGAUUGAAUAUUCAAAUCGCCUGGGAAACCACCGUCGUCCCCCGUCCCCGAACAAAACGUGCCGCGCUAAUCGCCAUAGCCAAUUGCGUCUCCUCCGUCUCGCACUGGUUCACGCCCUACUUUUUCCUUCGGUCGCAGGAGCCUCGAUACGAGACAGGUGGGGGCAUUAUUAUUGCGGGAUGUGGGCUGGCGAUUAUCUCGGCCGUGGUGACUCGGUGGUGGUGCGUAAGGAAGAACAAACAAUUGGAUGAGGCGGAGGCGGAGAGUGGGAAUGUGACGGAGUGGAGGUUUGCUACUUGA